AUGUCCUCCUCCAUUUUGGAUCAAUCUUCUGUUUCCGGCGAUGGUGGUGAUGCGAGUCCUUACGAGCAUGGCAUUCCUGGAAUCUCUACUGACGGAAAAGUUGUUCUACUGAAGAAUUCAAAGAUGGGGUCAGAAGUCUAUCUUGUUGGAACUAAUCAUAUUUCUAAACACAGUGCUGAAACCGUCAAGAAGGUUGAGCUGUGUGCAGGACGUGCCACAGAUAUGAAUCACAACCGGGAGGAAGUUACCUUGUUUGAUUUGCUUUGCCAAUCCAUGAGUUCUCCAGGGGGAUUACGCAUGAAGUUGGGUAGGUUUGCCAUCAGUUGUCCAGAACGCCAGAUGCGCGCAGAUGGUAAACUUCCAGGCCUGGAGUUUAAGGUUGCAGUGGAAGAAGCUUCAACGGUGGGAGCAAGAUGUGCCCUCAUUGAUCAAGAUAUUAAUCUCACCCUUGAAAAGGUGGCAAAAGCAUCCUCUUGGAAACUAAUAUGGAAUAGUUUGCGUACUGAUGACUAUGAAGACACAGAAUACACGAGAUCAUAUUUCAAGGUGCUCACUGAAGACAGAGACACGUUUAUGUUUGAGAACCUUCGAACUUUUGAAGAAAAGGUUGUGGCAGUGGUUGGGAUGGCUCACUUGGAUGGGAUCGAGUUAUUGUGGAAACAUGCAGAGGAGGGUGACAUUAAGCAACCUUCCAUAAAAUCAGAAAACGAGGGAUAG